ACAAAGUUUGAUUUUCAAAGCAAAGGUGCAAACGGUUUUCUUACAACGUUUUUCACAUAAAAUAUAAAUUUUAUAUCGUAGUAAACCUAGAUUCAUACAUAGCUUGAAGAACCGUUCUAGUGCCACAUUACGCAGAAAUGUCUUCCGAUCCCGUUCUUCUACGCCAUUUAAAAGGCCAUCGCAGCAGGGUGACGGGAAUAUCGUUCCAUCCGGAGGGUAAUCGUUUCGUAACCGGUUCGACCGACAAUACUGCGAUCGUGUGGAAUAUCAAGGAGCAGGUGCGUUGUAUGCGCUUCGAAGCCCAUACAGACGUUAUUAACGAUAUCGACUGGUCCCCGGAUGGGAAAAUAGUUGCCUCCGCUUCCAAGGAUCGUACCGUUAAAAUUUGGGUACCUUCGUUGAUGGGCAACUGUGACGAAUUUCGAGCCCACACUUCAAACAUCCGAUCGGUAGAUUUCAAUUCGACGGGUAAGAAACUGAUCACUGCAUCGGACGAUAAGUCGAUCAAAUUGUGGAGGGUGUCGCGGAAGCACUUUGUUUCAUCCUUCACCGGACACACCAACUGGGUUCGUUGUGCUCGCUUUUCACCGGACGAUAGGCUGAUUGCCUCAUGUGGAGAUGACAAGGCACUAAAACUGUUCGAUCCCAGUUCCGGACAAUGUGUGCACACUUUCAUAGAUCAAAAAGGAGCUGGAAACAAAGUUGCUUGGCAUCCGGAUGGAUCUUUGGUUGCCAUUGGAUUGGACAAUGCUCGGGUGAAAAUUUACGACAUAAAGGUCCGAAAGUUGAUUCAGUAUUACAGGAUAUUUGAAGGAUCGAUCAACUCGUUGGAUUUCCACCCAUCGGGUAAUUAUCUCCUGACUGGGUGUGACGAUGGAGCCGUCAAGAUUAUUGACUUGCUGGAAGGGCGGCAUAUUUAUACGCUCACAGGACACACAGCCGCCGUAAGCGCUGUUAAAUUUUCGAAGGAUGGACAGCUUUUCGCAACCGGCAGUGAAGAUAGACAUAUCAUGUUGUGGAAAGUCAAUUUCAACGGCGAAUCUUCAGAGAAUUCCCUCUACACAUCCGAAUGCAACGAUCUCCAACAGACACAUAAGGUUCCUCGACAAUCGGUUCCGUCCAGUAAAAAGUUAAGUUACGAUGAAUUUCAAGGUACUGAUGAAGAUGAUGAACUAAGGCUUUGCAAUAACAAAGAAAACCUUCCUGACAGGAGCAUCCUAGUAGAUGCCAGGAAAACAGAGAAUUUUCAUCUCACGGACGCUGUUGAGGUUUGCGAAUAAUAAUUAUUCAUCUUUUAUUUCAAGAUCCUCCACUCUAAUUAGAAUGUAGCGGAACAGACUAAACUAUAUCGUGUAAUUUAUAUUUUAAAGGAAAUAGUAAUAAGACUAAGCAAGAGUCCGCGCAUACGCUGUAUGUCGGAGUUAUGUUUGCAUUCAUCCACUGGCAGCAGUGACAUUACAAAAACAUUUGAACAAGUAAUACGCAAGUUGAAUCUCAUCGAAACAAUUGUACUCGGUCUGGAACGACGGGUCACAAUGCUAGAAGAUGUUGUUCUCCAUCGACGCUAGAAAGGUUUCUUUUCUAUUCAUAUAUAUAUAUAUAUUUUUAAUUGUACAUAGCUCUCGAACAAAUUUAUUUUCAAUUUGCUCUAUCUGUCGAAUAAGAAGACUCUAUUGCAUUUAAUAAGGAUAAUUAUAGUUUUUAUUAGUCCAACUUCCAUUUAACUCUAUAGUAACUUUCCAACAAAAAAUAAUUAACUAAA